CUUUCAUUCAUUAAAACAUGCGCGCAAAUCGGCCUCGAUAUCUUAACUGCAGAUGUCGACCCAUUUGACGACCCACCAAUCGGUGCCAUCGCAGCGCUUUACGGAAUGAGCGCACUCUUGUUCAAUUGGGCUCUGGCACUGAUUUUCCUUUCCUUCUGCCUUAUCAUUACGGCGAGGUCCAGGAAUAUCGGUAAGGCAGGCCUCAGCUCAGUAUGGACCAUCGCGAGUUUCAUCAUCUACGCAAUUCUUGUUAUUAUGGGCACGGCUCAGGGGGGCGCAUACAUCGCCUACAUCAGAGCGUUUUUCAGAUUGACCAGAAGCACCCGGCAAGGUGUCGAGAACAAGGCUGACCUCUCCAACAAACUGCUAUAUGCCUUCUACGCGUUAUGGUAUACCACCGCGUUCUUCAUCGGUGCCCUCAAUUUCCGUGCCCAUUCAGUUGCACGCCGAGCUGGUGUAGUUGAUAAGGUCUUGAAGACACUUCUCUUCUUCGCUCUCCCACUAUACGUCUGCCAUGUUAUCGAGGACCUUGCAUUCACGAUCAUAGACUCGCCCGCCGGGUUAAAAUCCGACAACUUCGAGGUUUACGAACGUGCUAAUCUAGCGGAGAUCAUCCUUAUGAAUACAUUCCACGCUGCAACUAUAAUCGUCCUCAUCCAUUUGGGCCUUCGAAAAUCAAAUUGGACGAGUAACGCUAGCUCAGAUCCUUGGAAUAAAGGCUAUUACCCAAGCUACCCGAUGCAACCAGCUUAUAUGCCUGUGCAAACCGCCGAAUACUCAGCACAGAUGAAUUACACAACGCAGAACCAAUAUGUCGACAACUCCAAUGCACAUCUUGUUCCCCAACACACACAGUAGUACAUACUCUUCGAACAGAUGUCUCCACCUUUUCUCUAUUUCAUUUCAUUAUACUUGAUCU